CUUCAGGUGGAUGGCCACCCAACCCCACCCCUGGGCUUGGCUUGGAGCCCUGAGUCAGCUCCAUCACCACCCAAGCCAAACCAAAGCUGAGGCUGGAGCCGAAACUCAAGAGUCCCUCAAGGCCUAUAGCCAGGUGAUGGAGGACGAGGAGAAGGCAGUGGAGAUUUUGAUGAGCAACACGGAAGCUGCUCAUCCUCCAUCCCCCAUCCGAUGCUGCUGGCUCCACCUCCGCUGCUUGGCAGCUACUAGCGUUAUCUGUGGCUGCUCUUGCCUGGGAGUCAUGGCUCUGGUGUUUGCCAUCAAGGCGGAAGAGCGGCAUAAGGCAGGCCGGUCCGAGGAGGCAGUGCGCUUGGGGGCCCGGGCCCGGAAAUUCAUCCUGGCCAGCUUUGCUGUCUGGUGUGCUGUCCUCGUUCUGGGCCCCCUGCUGCUGUGGUUGCUCUCCUACGCCAUCGCUCAGGCUGAGUGACCCUGGGUGGCCUGUGCUGAGAGCCAGCCAAGACCACCUGGAUCCUACAAUGCGGCAUUGCUAAGGUCCUGUGACAGCAGUGGUCCUGGUUGGAAGGAUGGGGACUCUCUCAAGGGGCUUUGGAAGAGCUCUUCUAGCCCUUUAUAAAAGGAGGGCAGCGGCUGAGACUGAUUCGAGAAAGGCAGCCUGCUCCGUUCUUUCAGGGCCCACCACCCCCAUCUCCCCCUACCCCAGCCCACCCUAGGGCCUCUACCCAGCGAGGGGCGGUGGGAGGGGGGAUUUAACACCAGAUCUGGUUUUAUUAGAGUUUGUUUUGUAAUAAAAGCCUUUUUAGUGGUGAAA